CUACAAUUAAUCUUGUAUAUUGAUACAAAUCGUUUUUGUUGAUAUCCAUUAGUUAAAUAAUAGUAUAUUGAUGUACAAGUGAAGACAUUCUUUGUAUAUGUGAACAUAUUGUAUCUAUAACUAAUUUGGUCUUUGUAUUAAAUAAAUAAUUGUGAGAAAUGGAUCAAGACACUGCAAAACGUUUAUUUGCGGAUGGUGGCACUUUUGUGAUGCUGGGGGUGCCAGAGGGUACAGAAUUUGGCAUCGACAUGAAAUCUUGGAACACAGGUGAAAGGUUCAGAGGUAUCAAAAUGAUUCCACCUGGAAUCCACUACAUCUUUUACAGUGCUGUUGGUUCCUAUGGGGAAAUCAGUCCCAGAGUUGGUUUCUUCCACAACUUUCGCAAAUCUGAGCUGCUUGUGAAGAAAUGGGAUAAAGAGAAGGAGGACAUAAGCUCGGAGGAGGUGAGUGAAAGUGAGGUGCUGCAAUUGAGGGACAAUAUUUUAGCACUUGACAAGUUCUUGGGACCAUAUCCAUUUGAUAUCUCAGAGAAAUGGAACAACCUAUCAACUCAUUUAACAGAGACUUUGAUUAAGAAUUUGUCAUCAUCUUCUGGGUAUGUGAGAUCUGCUUUGGAGUUGAUGUCAUGCAAGGAUGAGGAUAGACCUAGGGCUGGGAAAACAGUUGAUGGGGUUGCACCUCAAGCAACAAGGAAACUAAGACCUAGCUUCAGUUACAAUCCUGAGAAUGAUCUUUUACCAGAUUUAAAAGCCAUUGAGGGCACAGCCCUAAGGCUAAAUACAUUUCCAGAGAGGAACUACCCUGAGGGUUCUACAGCUGCUGAAAUAACUAAACACCAUUUGGACAACACAUACGUUUUAGAAGUUUUUUUAAAAAAUUACACAAAUCCAAUUGAUAUCAUUGGUGAACUGGAGUUUGCAUACAUCUGCUUCCUGGUGGGUCACAGUCUUGAAGCGUUCGAGCAUUGGAAGAAGCUGGUCGUCCUGCUGUGCUCCUGCGAAACGGCGAUAAAGAAGUACCGCGCGAUUUACGACGAUUUCAUCACUCUUCUGGAGGAGCAGGUCAGGGAAAUCCCCGAAGAGUUCCUCGCCGAUAUCGUGGCCAACAACAAUUUCGUUUACGUGAAGCUGCGAAACCUAUUCAGGGCAGUAAUGGAAAGCAGCGUCGACGGUAUAUUGAAAACGAAAAUCGAACGAUUCAGGGAUCAGCUUACCGAAGCCUAUUUAUGGGAUUUCACACAUCUGGACGAAGAGGACGAGGAGGAUUUACCUGUAGUUGUGGAUAUGUCUGCGUGAUACCAACAAAAUAUU